UUAUUCCUCUCAUACCACGAUUCUGCCCAGCCUUCGAUUACUCAUUUGUUUCUUGAUCGAUUCCAGCUCGACUUACCUGUUUCUGGGUAGAGAGAUAUGGCGGCAAACGGCAACGGAGCGAUGAGUGGUGCGGUGUCGAGGAACAGCGGGCUGAAGAUACAGACGCAGAAGAAGCAUAAUGGGAUCUGUCACGACGACAGCGCACCACCGGUUAAGGUGCAGACCAUUGAUGAGCUCCACUCUCUGCAGAAGAAGAAAUUCUCACCUACUACUCCCAUUAACGGCGCUCAGGGUCCCUUCACCACACUCUCCGACGAGGAACGCCAAAAGCGGCAGCUUCAGUCCAGCAGGGGCUCACCUAACAUUAAAAUGGAUGGGCACACUUUCAUGGUCAACGGAGAGAGAGCUGUGGAUAACUUGAAUUCUCCGGAAGAGGUUUUCCCAUGGAGAAAUUUGAAGGUGGUUCUCCCAACAAGAGCUGUUACUCGAUAUGUGAUAGCCUCAGGCAGGGUCAGUGCCUCCAAUCGGCACUUUGUUGAAGAAAUGCCCAGGAUUCAUGAACCAGGUCGGAAUUCCAUACCGUUUCUCGCUAGGGAUAUGCACGGGCGCCGCAUUUAUCACCUUAAAUACAACAGGAGGAUGGUGGGGCUCCGUCCGAAGCAAACAAUUACUGGCCUAAGACGCUUCUUUCAAGAGCAUGGUUUGCAACCUGGGGAUCUCAUUACUUUGUACAAGGAGGAGGGCAAUGAGGUGAUGUUGAUGGGAAAACUCAUAUCUCCACCCUACGUGAUCCACUUUGAGAGGGUUACUGAAGUUGCAACCGCUGAUGAUCAUGCUCCUUGAGAAGGCUGAAUCACCCUAUUAAAAAGAUCAAGGAGUUUUCUUGUAGUUGCUUUUAUUUGUGUUUGUGGUUGUGUUUUUUCUUAUCUUGCUGUAGUGGUUUUCCAAUAAGAAUAGAGGAAUGCU